GCCAAUUGCAAAAGAAGUAGCGCCAAAUAAUUGAAGUUGUGGAGUUGUGCGCCAAAGAAAUAGGACGCAAUCGCGGAAAUGGAGUGCUAUCCUCUGCAUAAUAUAUAGAAACUGAAGUUUUCUGCAAAAAAAAACAUCUUCUAGCUUCUUCUCUAAAAUAUUAGGUAGAGACACCUUCAGUUGUAGAUUCAUCCAUAAAGUGUUGGGAUGGGGUGAUGUCAAUUUCUUGAGCUCUACGGGCCGCCUUCAACCAAUCGUGGUAGCAUAUAAGCAUCUCAAAAGAUUCUGCGCUCAACCUCGUUCUACAUUGCGUUAGGACAUUGCCGGCUAAACUAAAUUCUUGUUCCACGGCAACUGUUGAAAUCGGCAUUGAUAGCACUUGCUUAGCCAUCUUUGCUAAAACUGGGAAUAUUCUUUCUUUUCCCUUCCACCAGUUUAUUCCUAAAACAAGUAGAGGACCACAGAAAGGUGAUAAUGGCAAACAAAAAACAAGUACCUCUCAAACUGCUGGAAGUAACAAAAAUUGGAGCAAAGAUGAAGAAGUUACACUAACAAAGGCAUGGUUUUAUGUUGCUGUUGAUGCCGAUGUUGGCAACAAUCAGAAAAUUUCUAAUAUGUGGAAACGCAUUGCACAAAUUUGGAGGGAGAAGAUGGAAACCUAUGAUGAGUCUUGCACAACAAAUAGCUUACAAUGUCAUUGGUGUAAAAUCCUAGCUGCAGUGAAUAAGUUUCAUGCAUUGUAUGAACGACUAUUAACAAAUCCCAAGAGUGGUGCGAGCCAAGAAGAUAUGAGACGAGAAGCAAUGCGUAUGUUUGAAGAUAUUAAUGAUGGUCAAUCUUUCAAGUAUGAGCAUUGUUGGGAGAUCAUGAAAACAAAUCUCAAAUGGUGUACAAAAGAGGUCACCAGGACAAAAGAAUUGUCCAAGCAAAGGGCUGCUUCUGAUACAGAUGUUGACACCAAGGUACCAUCUACUAUACCAUUGACUACUGCUAAUAAAGAACAUGAUUGUAUCAACAUAGAUGCUCCUAGUGCUAUUAACGGCAGUGAUGUUGAGCGCCCUCAGGGAAGAAAGGGAACUAAAGAGAAAAAAGGGAAACUGAAUGAAGAAAAAGGUGUGGUUGAUGCAUUGAAUAAGCUACAAACUAUUCUUGAAAAACAAAUCAGCGUUAGUGAGGAAGAGCUCAAGAUGAAGAGGGAAAAGAACAUCAAAGACUUUGAUCUGAAAGAAAAAAUAAUGAAAAAAGAAGUGGAGUUAAAAGAGAACGCUCAUAAAUUAAAAGAGAAUGCUAAGAAAUUAAAAGAGAAAGAUCAGCAGUUAAAAGAGAAUGACCAGAAGUUAAAGGAGAAAGCUCAAAGAGAAAAGACCAUAAACGUAUUUUAAAUCAAGAUAUCAACAAACUUCCAUUAGGCAUGAGAGAGACAUUCAAGUCUCAAGUAAUAAAAGAAUGGGAAAAUAAUGGACUUUUUGGUCAUGGUGCCAUUUAGAGUCAAUGACCAUUUAUUGAUGAAGUUGAUGCAGUUCCCUUAUAAGCAGUAACUUCUAGUGGUUUGACUUGGUGGGGAAUACCUUCGGGCCACCACCGAAAAGUGGGGGAGCUGGCAAGAAAUGACUACAGGACAUGAAAGUACAUAUUAGGUUUUGGGCAAGAACUGUUGCAUCAAAUGUGCGCUAGCAGUGCUAAUUUUCAUCAUCAAAAAACUUAACUCCUAUCAAUUAUUUCAUGUUAAUUUUCUGUCCUCAGACAUUGUUGUACCAUAUUGUAUAUCCACAGUACAUUUGAGUUCUCU